CUUCUGUUUUCAUUGUUUUCCGCUACCUAUAUUAGUGGUAUAAACAAAGAAAUGAAUAGUGUAUUAUUUCUUGCAGAAGAAGAAAAAAAGUAAAUAAACCGAACUCGGGUGGGAUUUCUUGGUUUGCCGGACGUCCGAAAAGAGGAAAAAACUAGGUAAAACUUUACUACCUACAGAAAAUGUCGGACAUUCAUUAGUAUCGAUGAUACCGCAUAAGUGCAGUUGGAGUUUCAUAUAUUCAAGUGAUUUUAAGCCGCUUAAAGUUAUGUGUUGGUGAAGUGCCGUAUUUUUUGGUUAUCUGAUAUAUUCAUCGGGAGAUCGGUUGUUUUUCGUACGAUAUCGAGGAUGGAAAUUACACCGGUACAGUUUCUUCAGCAUGGCGUGGUUCUGCUGUUGUACUUCGGUUAUGUACUUUCCCAACAAACCACAGAAAUAGUACCAUUAGAAGGGCCGGACGAAAAUUUCAUCGAUAGAGGUCAAGAUGGAAGUUACCGUUUUGGGUACAAAAAUUUAGACACUGGAGCACAUUACCACACGGCUGCUGGUUCCAGAGAUAAUACUGUUUCUGGCAGAUACGGUUUCAGAGAUCCAACCAGUCGUCGUAUAACCCAAACCACAUAUACGGCAGGUGACCGAGGUUUCCGUGCUCGAGGUCCAGACAUAGCUCGUCAAAUGGACUUAUCCCAAACAAAAAUCCCGUAUAAUCCUCCGGUGCCUCCAAAUUCGCCGAAUUAUCAACCAUCCUACGACACGUACUUCGAUCCGAACGAAGACCCUAGUUACAAAUUUAAUUUCAAAACACCGACUUAUACGAGAGGUGAAGCCGCCGAUUCGAAAGGAACCGUAAACGGUGCAUUCUCUUUCGUCGACGAUGUCGGUAAAAGACACGAUGUCCAGUAUGAAGCCGGCUCCAAGGUAGGAUUUCACGUAAAAACGCCGUUUCCCGAUUCCGAUCCUUUUGGCGGUAUCUUCUAUCAAGGUCCCAAUAAACCUGGGUCCCCUCCCAGAGGACACAUCGCUAUUGUUCGAAGUAACGACGGAGGUUAUAAAUUCACUUCUUCUGGACCGGAUCAGCAACGUACCGAAGUAAGCGAUUCGGCCAACCGAGUCAGAGGCUCGUAUACGUAUAUCGACGAUAAAGGGGUUCAACGAACAGUGCAAUACAUCGCCGGACCAAAUAUAGGUUACAAAGUAAUAAGGAAAGGAGCUGGACCAAUUUAUUCGUCCGUUUACCCAUAUACCAGUCCAGAAUUCAUUAACCCGACAUUAAACGAUAACGUCUUACCUAAUAUCAACACAUUACCAUCGUCAACAGUGCCGCCAUCGUUUGGUUCGGAUUUAUUUGAACCUCCGGCCAAUAACUUCGAUUCGUCGAAACCGGACGACGGUGGUUCGAAUUUAUUCGGAAAUUCCAACGAUUUUUUAGGCCCGAACGAUAAACCGAAUUUGAAUCCUUUUUCCACCUCCACUUUCGCACCAGAUUUACCUACCGAAAAACCAAAUUACUCUUACGGAGGUCAACAACCUCAAAAACCAUAUUAUCAAAGCUACAAACCACCGAAACCAACCGACGAUUAUUACAACUCCGGGGGUAGUAAUUCUUACCAACCUUCUUACGGUUCACAGAACCUCAAACCAUUCCAGGAUGAUUUGUUUGGCGAUAAUAAACCAAGCGGUGGUGGGGAUGGAGGAGGCGGCGGCGGAGGCUAUGACAGUUCAGGAAACGAUGGCGGUUAUGGCAGUAGACCAUUUUCCGGAUCGAGUGGAUAUGGACCAGUUAGAAAGCCAUCGAAUGCUUACAUUUAUCCCAAACCAGAUAAAGCUUUUAAUGAAGAACCAACACGAGACUAUUCUUCAGCCAAUGACAAUAGGUAUUCCGGAUCGAGUAAGAAUUUCCUAGGUUUACCUCCGGGUUUUGCUGUCAGAGCUCAUGUACAGUCUUUAGAUAUUUUGCCAUAUGGGUCGAAAAUUCCCCCUCCUGAUGAAGCUCUGCAGAGACAUUUAUUCGAAGAACAACAUCGUAGCAGGUGAUGGUUUUUUUUUAUGAAAUGUGCCUUUUUUUCUCAUCAACUAGUCUAUUUUGUAUCGAUUUUAAAAUUCUCUGAAUGAGUAUGGGGAAUGAUUUAAUAUUAGACUUAUUUUUAAAAUACCUAUAAGAUUAAUUAAGUGACAACUUGAAUGAUUUUUUACGAUAAAUUUGCAAAUUUGGAAAGCCACAAAUAGAUUUUAAAAAUACCUAGUGCAUUGUAAAAAAUGAUCGGGAAAAUGAACAAUAAUUUUAUUACAUGAGAUAUUUACUCAGAACAAAAAUUUAAAAAUUUAUUCAGGAGUGUCUAAAUUUCUUUGAAGGAUUUACCAUUUUUCUUCUUUAAUUUUUUUUACCGACUUUGAGCAUUAUCAACUAAAAUUUCAAUCUUCCUAGGAAGAAAUACUGUCAUGAUAAAGUGUAGACCAUACGAACAGAGCUAAACGUUUUUUCAACGUACAAUCCAUUUUAUUAUUUUGUAAAUUUUAAGAGUGCGUCAUUAGUACCUAUUAUAUGCUUACCUACUUAUUUGAAUUUUUUUGUAAUAAAUUUAUUUCACGAGUGUC